GUCUGUUUGUAGUAGUCAAAGUCAGCUGAAUCAUUAUGGUAGACUUUCAUAUGGCAUUAUAUAAAAUCAUAUGGAGUAAUCACGUAGCAGAGACCAAACUAACACGAAAGCCUUCUCUCUCAGACAACAACAGCUCACAAUCGAGCUCCCUGCUUCAAAAAUUCCAGGCAAAUUAUUAUUUACCGAUCCAGUUUAGCACCAUCUUGUGCAAUAUGGACUUCUUCGGUUCAAGCAAAGCAAAGAAAGAGGCAAAACGAUCAGGACUGUUCGGGAAGAAAAGUUCAAGCAAGAGCAAUCCGGCGACUCCUCCUCGUCUCGCUGAUGGUAGAUCUCCACCACCUUCGUAUCUCUCCAACAAAAGAGCCGAGACAGAGUACGAUUUUCCUACCUCCCGUGAACAAAGAACAUACCCGAAACAACCGGCGUCUGAACGCGUCCCCAACUCCCACCCUAGGCCUCCUGUGUAUGGAUAUGGCACGCCUGAACGUCGUAGAGGAAGAAUGGAGGGGAUGAGUUAUGAGCCAGAGACCAACGCUCCUUCAAGCCCCUUUCAUCCUUCUGGUAACCGCACGCCUGAACGUGUUAGAAAGCCAAGCGAGUAUAGCCGAGAACACAACAUGUAUGAGGCAGAUACUCGAAGCAAUGCAAGCCCAUUUCACCCAUUCAGAAGCCCUUCUCCAUCUCCAUACCACACGCCUGAUCGCCGCAGAGACCAAGAUGUAGAACACUACGAGGCAAUGUAUGAGCCUGAGGCCAAUACCAUGUUCCAGAACAGAGCUCCUGGGAGCCCAUUUCAUCAAGCCGGAACCCGCUCUCCAUCACCAUAUAGAACUCCUGAUCGUCGUAGUAACGAGCAAUUUGAAGACCAGUACGAGCGAGAUGGUGAUGUAACACCUCGAAACACCUCUCCACCAAGCCCCUUUCAUCCAUCAGCAAAUCGAUCACCACCACCACAAUCAUACAGAACGCCUGAUCGUCGUAGAAACAACCCUGAUGAUGAACAAGACGGCGAAGCAACACCAACACGAAACAGCUCUCCACCAAGCCCAUUUCAUCCAUCUGCAACCCGUUCCCCACCACCACCACAACCAUACAGAACGCCUGACCGUCACAGCAAUGAGCAAUUAGAAGCAACGUAUGAGCCAGAUAGCUACGUAACGCCGCGGGAAAGCCCUCCACGGAGUCCAGUUCAUGGAGCAGCAUACUAUUCAUCAAGCGAUGACGAUAAUCACUCCACCUACCUCUUCCCAGAAAUCAGCACUCCAAAUCGUUCCAUGCCAGUCUCCAGCACCAGCACACCUGUUCACCACAGCUACCAGAUCGUUACGGCGGAAACCUACGAGCCACCAGAGCUAGCGGACGAAUCUCAAAGCUUCUCUCUACAAGAGAUCGCCACAAUGCGAGGACUCAAAGAAGAGAGCAUCAGCCAAUCAAUGAUCUCCGAGUCUUACGUAACGGUCGCGAACUACAGAGUCAAACUCAGCGUCGCGGAAACGCUCCAAGCGAUCAUCGACAAGCACGGAGACAUCGCCGCCUCCUCGAAGCUCCAAUCCAACGUGACGAGAUCGUACUACCUCGAAUCGCUAGCCGGGGUCGUGACGGAGCUGAGGACGUCGAGGCUGAAGGAUCUGACGAAGGCGAGAGUGGCGGAGAUGGCGGCGGUGGUGAAGGACAUGGAGUCGGUGAAGAUCGAGGUGAAGUGGAUGAAGAGAGCGGUGGAGGAGGUGGCGGAGGCGGUGGAGUAUGUUGGGGAGUACGAGGCGGCGAAGGUGGAGAGGGAGGUUUGUGAGAGGGAGGUGAGGGAGAGGAAAGGGGAGAUGGAGGAGAUGAGGGUGGAAUUAGGGAAGAGAGAGAAGGAAGUUAGGGAGUGUAGAGAGAAGGUGACGGUUGUGGCGGGAAAGGUUGGGCAGUUAGAGAUGAGAGGUUCGAGGUUGAAGAAGAAUCUGGAGUUGUUUCAGACAAAGGUUGAGAAGUUUCAAGGAGAAGCCGUUCUUCUCCAUGUUUGAUACACUUUACAUAUUAUAAUAUACAAGAUAAAUGUUUUGGGCCCAAGGCCCGUGAAGUUAUUAUCAGUGUAUAAUACUGGCCCACUAAAUGGAUCUUAAUUGAAUGUUUUGUUUUGAUUUCUAUUUGAUUUCGUU